CUUGUUCCUACCACCGAUGCCCUCACAUUAGGGUUUAUGAUCUUUGAGUAUAUUCAGUAGGGGUAUCCCCGCUCGAGUUGCCCGGGGGUUGUGGUCGCAUACACUAUCGGUGCCGGUUUCUGGACUAUAUGGGACUCGGGCACCCACUGUACGAGAGGAGGCGGCUGGAAUGCAUUCUGGGAUUGCAACUCCUUUUCUUUUUUGUCUUUUCGAUAUUUCACCAUGAGGACUAUAACAAUGGCAAUGACGAUCAGGAUAACAAUUGGAGCGAUGAUUAUCUUGAGGAGUGCUUUAACAAGACCCAUGACGACGGCGGAGGGAAGGAUCACGGAGUCAACAAGCGAGGAGGGUGCUGAAUGGUAGGUUAGCGAGAAAGUACGGUUCCAUCCAUGGGAAGA